AUGAGAGCAGUAGUUUCACAUACUGUUCCUUGGGUUCCCCAAGUUCACUGCAAUGGCUGUUUGGUUCAUCGCUUCCUGCUAUUUAUCAUCUGGUUGUCUAGCUUCCAAGAUGUAGCUGCGCAUUAUAAGGUUAGUGAGCAUAGUAGCAGCUCGACGACCUCUGAGCUAGCGAAUCCACCUGGUAUCGGAGUAUCAGGUCCCAUUGAAGUAUCUCCAUCCGUCAUCCCCAAAUAUGCAUCCCCUGCUUUACCAUGGACACCACCAAUGUACCCUACGUUUCCUGAUACAUAUGAACCCAAGUUAACCGGGAAAUGUCCUACAGACUUUCAAGAAAUUUCAAGUGUUAUCGACACCGCAGCUUCUGAUUGUUCCCAGCCGUUCGCUGCACUUGUUGGGAACGUGAUAUGCUGUCCACAGUUUGUUAGCUUGCUUCAUAUUUUCCAAGGCCAGCAUAACUUGAAGUCAGAUAAGUUGGUUCUCCCUGAUGCAGUUGCUACAGAUUGUUUUUCAGAUAUCGUUAGCAUCCUGGUCAGCAGAAGAGCCAACAUGACAAUACCUGCACUUUGCUCCGUAACACCGUCAAAUCUAACUGGAGGUUCUUGUCCGGUAAUAGACGUCACAACGUUCGAGAAAGUUGUUAACAGUAGCAAGUUACUGGAUGCCUGUCGCACUGUCGAUCCUCUCAAGGAGUGUUGCAGGCCAAUUUGCCAAGGUGCGAUUAUGGAAGCUGCGCUUAUAAUCUCUGGACACCAGAUGACAGUUGGUGAUGAUAAGAUCCCUUUAGGAGGAUCAAAUAACGUCGACGCGAUCAACGACUGCAAAAAUGUGGUGUUUUCGUAUCUUUCAAGGAAGCUCCCAGCAGACAAAGCAAACACUGCAUUUCGAAUAUUGUCGUCCUGCAAAGUUAACAAAGCUUGCCCCUUGGAGUUUAAGCAGCCAACAGAAGUGAUCAAGGCUUGUCGCAAUGUGGCUGCUCCUAGCCCUUCUUGCUGUAGCUCGUUGAAUGCGUACAUUUCUGGGAUACAAAACCAAAUGCUAAUAACAAACAAGCAAGCCAUAGUCUGUGCUACAGUCAUCGGUUCCAUGUUACGGAAAGGUGGUGUCAUGACAAAUAUCUAUGAGCUUUGUGAUGUCGAUCUCAAAGAUUUCAGUGUCCAAGCAUAUGGAAUGCAACAAGGUUGUCUUCUUAGAAGCUAUCCCGCGGACUUGAUAUUUGACAACACAACAGGGUACAGUUUUACAUGUGAUUUGACGGAUAACAUAGCUGCGCCAUGGCCAUCUUCAUCGUCAAUGUCUUCUUUGUCUCUCUGUGCUCCUGAGAUGUCAUUACCUGCCUUGCCAACAUCUCAGACUCUUAAAAAUCACGGGUUUCGCGGGUGUGCGUUUGGAACGUUGCGUUUCAUUAUCAUUUGGGUGUUUCUUCUGUAUGGUGUUCGGGAAAACUCUUUCUUGAUGAUAAUGCAGACAAUCAUCCACAACGUUGCGUUCUGUAGCUUUAACUCUACCAUAAUCGACCCGAAACCAAGAUUUCAAUUUUCUUCUUUUGUAACUCUUCCUCCAACUUCUUCCGUGCUACCGAAAUUUUGUACAAGAUCAACGAAUAAACAGUUUGUGACAAUUUGUGCAGCACCAUCAGAUAUCGAGACUUUUCCUAAGGAUGAAUCAGUUCUGAUUACGAAAGUGGAGACUGCAAACAGCAACGAAGUUAAGGUCCAUGUAGAAAUAUCAGGAGAGAAGACUCAAACAGUAUUCAAUCAUGUAUUUGAGAAAAUGGUAGCUGCGGCUCAGCCAAUUCCUGGGUUCCGAAGAGUUAAAGGAGGGAAGACGCCAGAUAUUCCCAGAGAUAUUUUGUUAGAGAUCCUUGGAUAUUCGAAAGUCUAUAGGCAGGUGAUAAAGAGAUUAAUCAAUUCUGCUAUCGAAGACUAUGUUAAACAGGAAGACCUAAAGGUUGGCAAAGAGUUGACUGUGGAGCAAAGCUAUGAAGAUCUUGAAGAAACAUUUGAACCAGGUGAAAGUUUCAGCUUUGAUGCUAUUAUAAAGCUUCAGGAUGUGAGUUGAAGAAUGUGUUGAUCCCUAGGUACUUAUCAAUGUGAUAUCUCUUGUUACCUUGUCUGGUAACAACUGGAUUUCUUGUUGAGUAGGAAAGGAUAAUCUCAUUUGGAUUAAGCUUGUGGUAAUAAAGUCUGAAACUUUAGUUAUGUAGUUCUUAAACUCUUGUAGUUUCAAUUAGAUGAUUAAUGUGUUCUCCAUAAAAACAAGGUAGCCUCAUAAAUAACUAAAAAAAACAAAAAAUAGAAAUGAUUCGGUUUCGUUUCCUAACAUGGACCAUGUUUAGUUUUCUUCAUGCAUAGACAAUAGACUUUUCCAAAACGCACCUGCACUCCAUGGUUAAAGGCAAAUCGAUCAUCUUCUCGCUACCCCAAGACUGUGACACUCCCUGCAGCUCCCGAGCUAUGUCUUUAACUAACUCUACCCUUUUCUUUUCUCUAUUAGUACAAACACAAACUCUCUCUUGUGUCUCUAAAUGUUUCUCUACCAUUGAAAUCUCAUUCUCUAAGGUAAUCAACUUGUUCUUGUCCUUCAUAAGAGUACUAUGCUCGAAAGAAUCACUUCACCAUUGUGGUUUUGCAAUGAAUACUGGUGCAGUAUCUUUAUGCCUCUGCAGAUUAUUCUCUUAUGUCUCCUGUGACCAUCACUACUAUCAGGCCUAGGACCUUCCAUUUACAGCACUCUUUGAGUAUUCUUCCUCCAGCAAGUUGGUGUAGCUUCUGAAAUGUGUAUUCUUUCUCAAACUCCCUCCGUCGGAGAACCGGUAAGUUCGGUGUCUGGUUUAACUUUCUCACUGGUCUCUUCAGUUGUUGAGUCUGCGCUAGUUUCUAUAUUCUCGAGAAUUCCCAUGCUAGCGAGAAUCUCAUCUCUUGGCUCAUCUGGAUACUUUACUCUAUAAUACUCCAACUCCAUCUCAAGAUCUUGUAUCUCCUUUUCCCUGUCAGCCAAGACAUCGUUUGCUCUCUCAAGUGCAUCGACGUCGUGCUCCGCUUGCUCAUCCAUCAUUCUCAGGUACUGUAAAGCUUCCAUAUGGAGAGCUGCUUUCUCCUCCUGCAACCGCGUGAUCAUCGCCAUUGCUUGAUUUGUAGCAAUAGCUGAGGCAUUUCUCUCUUCCUCUAGUUCUUUAGUCACAUCUCUUAGGCAUUUCCUGUCAUGCUCUAGUUGUUGCUUCAACACAUCAACAAGACUUUCGCCCUCGAUGUCACUGCUGAUGCUUACAAAUGAUUCCACAGAAGCAGAGUGCUUAAGCUCCGGUGAUGCAUUUGAAGUAUUUUGAGUCUCUGUUACCUUUGAGGAAACUUUAUCGCUAUGUUCUUCUUUGGAGAUUUUUGGUGACGUCAUAGGCUCAGUCUCUCCAUGCUCUUCUUUGCCGGAGUGUUCUUCUGUGGCAGAACCAGUCACAUUGUUUGAUGUCAAAGGUUCAGAUUCUCCAUUAUCAUGAUCAUCCUCUUCUUCAUGACUAGAAUGGGAUUUCGCAACCGAAUAGCCAUUAUUACUUCCAUCGUCUUCCUCGCUGGAUUGUUCUUCUUCAGCUAAUGAAACAGAUGCAUCUUUUGAUGUCAAAGGCUCGGAAUGUCCAUUGACCUCACCUUCUUCAUUACUGAAGUAUUCUUCUGCUACGUUGUUUUCAUUAGCCUCGUUUUCUUCCACACUUGAGUCUUCUUCCUGUUCCUGAGAAUCUGACAUAUUAUUCAACAAAGGCUUGGAAUCUCCUUCAACUCCAUCCUCCUCAUCACUAGAAGAUUCAUCUGCAACAGAAACAGGCACAUCUGUGUGAUCAGACACUUUUUGCUCCAUAGCUGCCUCAGAUGCUUCAGGUGAACCGGAGAAAGUCUGAGAAAAGUCUGCGGUAUCAUCAUGCUGUUGAAUCCGGAUUUCUCGAGAGGCAAUAAUUCCUCCAGAAGGGCUCAAAAACUCGCCGCCAGAAGGAGUCGAGUUGCCACUUUCCUCGGCUUCAGUUUCUGCAAUAAACAACAUCAAAUCCUGCACCAUCAUCCUCUUGAGGUAAACUCAGUGAGAACGGACGAGCUUCACUCAUAGUUAUAAGCUCAGAAAGUACAGCCUCAUGCUCUGCUUCUUUUAGAGGUCUUUGUUGCUGAGUCUUGUUUACAGGAUUACGCUCAGGCUUGGAAGAUUCCACGUUUUCUUGCAAAUCAGGCUGCCGCUUACGAUUCAACAUCUUCUUGUCUUCAAACGACUUCCGAGAUCGGUGUUUGUGGACACGUUUCUCAGAUGGCUCAACAUUGAAGUUUGCCAUAUGGAGGAAAGCUUCAUCAUCCGAAAACAGGAACUCGGAUUCAGAAUCCGAGUGAAUCUUCAGCUCAGUGUAACCCACAUGAGCCAUACCGUCGCUGCGGCUUCCAAUGUCUACAUAGUCACCACCACUCGCUGCCUCCUUAUGAUCUCUCAUCUUCUUCAGACUUCCACCGCUUCCUCGUCUUGUAAGAUGAUGCCUCGGAGCAGGAAUGUUUGGUUUAGCGGCGGAGUUUCUUCCCCGAGAGCCUAACCGAAUCAGUCUCUGCGUAUGGUGCCUCGUCCUCCACGGUUUAUUGCAGCAAGAACAUGACCUAGGGUGAGCGAAAUGGCUUUUAGAGAGAAGAUCGUACCCUAGUUUCCCAAGAAGCAAUCUGUUCAUGUCUGGAUUCGGACCGGUCAUUUUGGUGAAGGACAAGAGACAAUCGUCGCACAUGCCACGACAGUCUGCGAGGUUGUUGUCGUGAUUCUGACAUGACAUGUAAGACGAGACCUCUGAUCUGUGGUUUCUGCAGAGAAGGAGUCUCCAGUGAAGAGGAUGAAGAAGCUUGGAACAGAGGAAACAUGGCAUCUGCAAUCUGCAGUAGCGAGCGAACCAGACGAGGAGAUAGGAGAGAAGAGCAUCGACGAACAUGAGGAAUAUGAGGAACCAUUCGCAGGCUGCGUAUGUGAGCACAGGCGCGAACCCGAUUAUGAACUUUUGUUCGAAGAUAACAUUUGAAUCCAUCAUCUUUCAGAAUGGUGAUGGUGAAUCCUGAAGAAUAAUAUAACUCAUCAUCUCAAAAACAAAAUCACAAGAAUAAGGAGGGCAAAAC